GCGCCCGCGCCAGCAAUGGCGGCCGCCGGCCUGCCCGAUUUCGACCUUACACAGAUCAAAACGCGCUCCGUCGAGAGAACUCUACUACCCCUCAUCAAGCAGGUACGGGUGCAUGCUGUGUCCGCACGGCCGUGGGCCUCUAAGCCGUACCCGCGUGGAAGAGAGUGACGUUUUACGCUACUGCUGUUACGUUGACUCUGACGUCGUACGGGAAUUCCGAUAAUAACACCGGCUUUUACGUGUUUUCUAAAAUCACGCUCUUAUUUUUGGAACUGCGCAUCGUCGACCGCGUCGCUAGCCGUCUUAUUAUGUCACGCAAUGACGUCUCGCUCCUAAUAUACGUUAAAAUUUCCCGCCUGCUGCGUCGACAAUCUGUUGCGCUUUUAGUUGACGCCGACGCAGUAACACAGUAUCAAAAGCGGCACAUUCAAAUAAAGUAGUAAAUAAAACCAUUUACAACGUUUUAUAAAUUCAAUAACUUAAUGCUAUAUGAAUAUCUAUGUAAACACAAAAAAAAGGUAUGCUCGGAAUAGACCAAAACAGAGUUUGUACUUUUGCGAAAAGUAAAGUUUUGAAACGUAAGUAAAAAGGGUGGGCGGCCACGUGGUCGAGAGGGUGGAAAGCUCGGGCGGGCGGGAGGCUCGAUCGAUGGCGGCCAGGUCCGUCAGUGCCGCGGCGAACGCGGGCGGAGCGGCGCGGUGCCGCAGCGACACGCAGCGCCACGGAGCACGUGCGCGCGCCCGCGGACUGCGCGCCGCCGAGCGCGCGCCCCCCGCCCGGGCCCGCGGGCCGCCCGAGCCUGUCCCGACAUGGACGCGCUCUCCGAUGACGACGAAUAUGCGCGCCGGGAAGCUCAGAUCAGCAGCCUGGUAGCCACGCGCGGCGAGGCGACAGCCGGCGGCGCAGCCGUGCAGCGCGUCGGCGCCGCCGUCUGCUGCGCCGUGGAGCGUUUUGUGGCGGUCGGCGAGACCAUCGCCGACGACAACCCCGACGUACGCCACAGCAUGGUGCUGGCUUGCAAGGAGGCCAGAGCUGCAGGUCGUGCGAUUGAACGCGUGUGCGCCGGCGCGGACGGCGCGGGAAUGGUGUCGGCGGCGCGCGCGCUGCUGGCCGCCGUCACGCGCGUGUUGCUGCUGGCUGAUAUGGUCGUCGUCCGACAGCUGCUGCUUGCCAAAGACAAGGUGGCGCGCUCACUAGACCGGCUAGAAUCCGUAUCAAACUUCGCGGAGUUCGUGCGCGCGUUCACGGAGUUCGGUGGAGGCAUGGUGGAGCUGGCGCGGCUGACAGCAGAGCGGCGCGCGGACUUGCGCGACGAGCGCCGACGCGCGCAAGUCGCCGCCGCUAGGAAUGUUCUCGAACGCUCCACACUGAUGCUCCUCACCUCUUCCAAGACAUGUAUGCGGCACCCAGGCAGCGCAUCGGCCCGGGAGAACCGCGACACGGUGUUCUGUCAGAUGCGGCGCGCCAUGGACCUCAUCCACUACGUGGUCAGGGACGGGCUGCCCGGCCACGAGGAACACUCGCACGAGGCUGCACAGUGGGAAGCGGGGACAGCACUGGGGGCUCUCCGGGGUCUGACGGGGCAAGUCCGGGCCGCGCGAGCCCGGGGAGGCGCGGACGCGGCACGGAGGCGAGCGCUGGCCGGCACGCUGCGGGCGUUGGUCGAACGGACGCACGACUUCACAGACUCCGCCUACACCUCGCACGAACACAGGCAAAGGAUACUGGCGCUCGCAGAAAGGAUUGCAUACGAGUUAGAAAGAUUAGUUUCCGUCGCUGUGUCUGUGGAAGAACAAGGUGUAAGUGGCGCCGGCGCGGCUCUGGAGAGCGCGUGCGCCGGCGCCACCAGCGCCGCGUCGGAGUUGGAGCGAGCCCUCGUGGCCUCCGCCAGACACCAGGCUCGAGACCUCGCGCCUCUGGCCGAAGAGGCGCGCCGUCUAGCCUCCGACCUCGCGCACAUAGCUAGUUCCUGUGGUGAGAGAGAAUCAGAGAGACUGCACAAUAUAGCCGGCCGGCUGCAUGAACAAUUAGAUCACAUAAUAGAGGUAUGCAAAUUACUCAGGCAUAUAGCGAUGUCAGAGACGCUGCAAGUGAGCGCAAAGUUCGCAGAGAUCAACCUGAGGAUAUACGGGCCGCAAGUGGUGACGGCAGCGCGGACGCUGGCGGCACACCCGAGCAGCGCGGCCGCGCGGGAGAACCUCGACGUGUUUGUGGACAUGUGGGCCUGGCUGCUGGCAGACGCGGCGCGGCUAGCUCGCGAACUAUUGGACUUGACGGAUGACAGACCUGAUAAACAGCAAUAUAGCAGUUUACCGAGACCAGGGAAACAUGGUACGACAAGUAAACCGUUGAAAGCGGUUCGUCUGGACUCUGACGAGCAAGCGAAAAUUGCAAAAUCAGGUCUGGAAAUGAAGAUGAUGUCGUCUGAGAUGGAUGCGGAGACUGACAAGUGGCAGGGUGCGGCCGCCGACGAAAACAACGACAUUGUGAAGAGGGCGAAAAAUAUGUCUUCCAUGGCCUUCGCUAUGUACCAGUUUACAAAAGGCGAGGGCCGUCUAAAUACUACACAAGACCUCUUCACACAAGCAGAAUAUUUUGCUGAAGAAGCCAAUAGAUUAUAUAAAAUUGUACGACAGUUUUCAUAUCAGGUACCAGCAGGAACGACAAAGAAGGAAUUAUUAGAACACCUAGAUAGAGUACCAACAUAUGUGCAGCAACUACAGUUCACGGUAAAAGAGCCAACCGUGGGCCGCGCUGCAACCUUCAGCAAAGUAGACAACGUAAUUCAGGAGACCAAGCAUCUCAUGAAUGUCAUCAGCAAAGUUGUCACCACGUGCUUCGACUGCGCUAACAAGUACAAAUUGGACUUCACGGGCCUAUCAGCGGGCAUCGGUGGGGCAGGCGCUGGGCGCGGGGCCAGCGGGGCGCGCGACGACGAUGGGGGCGCUGGUGUGGGCGGGGACGCGAAGCCCGGGGGCAGCUCGUCCGACACGGCCAUGUGACAGUACGGCAUGGGCCGGCGCGGCAAGGGCGACGCGCGCCGGACCAGGGUCAGCUUCCUCUUGUUUUAAAGGGUCAACUCCUUUGAAACCUCGUCGCCGUGGCCGGGGGAUGAUACUCGCAAGUGCAUUCGGGCUUCGCGUAUUGAUAUGAACGGGUGCAGAAUCACAAAUAUAUAAAUACAUACAACUCUAUAAAUAAUUAAGACGCGAACUUAAAUAAAUCUUGUCAUGCUGAUUUUUCAAGUUGUGAAGUUUCUCUCUUAUUAGGGAUCAGUAGCUAUCAUAGAAGUAAAUAUAAACAUUUAAAAAAAUAUUAGUAGACUGCCAUAUGAUAAUGUCAUAUAAGAAUAUAACUAGGUUGGUAGGUACCUAACUACCUACAUCAUAACUUUAUUUUUUAAAAAGUUUUUCACGGUAAUAAUUAAGUAGGUAUAAUAAUCGACAACGAAUUAGGUCCUCAAUUUGCACUUUGCGAGGUGUUCAUCCAGAGUACCACACGAAUCAGUUUCUAAUCAGCUAACCAAUGAGGUAGGUACUUAGAUCCUAAUGCGUGUGGUACUCAGCCCCGACCAAUCUAGCUGACGAUCCGUUUCAUAGUUCGCACAUGGAUCAUGUACUUGCUAUUGGAUGGAUGUCAGAAAAUUAGCAAUAAAGUUAAGAUGGACAGUACGAUAUGAUAAGUAAGUUUACCCAGAGCACUUGCGACACACAAUGCCUCUGCUCUUUAUAUCGAUGAAAACGUAGCGACACGUCGAACUCGACUGUGACAGUUCCUAAUCCUCGCAACUGUGUCAAUCAAAAGUUUAUUUAACGCCUUUCUAUAAUCUUCUCGCUCGAUUGGAUUGGCAACUUGAAGCAAUGUUAUAGUCAGAAAAUCAUGCCUAAAUAUAAAUAAUAUGUGAUCAAUAAAUAUUAAGAAGAGUGAAUUCGUACAAUAAUAUAUAAUUACUUGUUACACUAUCAUAAUGUUACACAUUGUUACAAUAAUACGGAAUACGAAAAAACAACACAGAUAAGCCUAUUUUUUUAAGUUUCCCUUCGUAGAACCUAUUUAUAUGAGUAUCUACAUAAGUACUCUAUUUAAUUAUAUUUGUCUGUACUUACUUUUUACUAUUUACCUGUACCCUGUUCUUGUUUACUUCUUAAUCUAUAUAAACGCACUCAAAUACUGCACAUUCCGUGGUCCUGUUGCACAUUGUUUUAUGUUUUGCACGUUUGUUUCGGCUUCGAUUUGAUUUGGCGUUUUAAUGCCAACAUUUAUUUUUUGGGACAUGCUGCGUUCACCACUUUAAACCUUCAUGACUACACAUCAUUACUCUUGCAUUCGAUGUUAUCGCAUUCAUAAGUCUUCUUAAAACUUACGUGUACCUACAUAUUAGAAUAUGGUUAAUAUUACCGCGGCGCUCGAACGUUGCAUGAUUGUGAAACGGAACAAAUAGAUGUGUGUUGCAUGUGUGUUUGUGAUUAUAGUAAUGAAUGUCGUACUUCAUCUUUCCGACGGGAGGAUGUUUGACAUUAAGAUAAGGGAACUUGACUCUGGUGGUUGCAUCGGCAACUCCCACGUCGCCCGGAAGCGGCAGUGUUACAUAGACCCGCGACCAUUUACAAAGCAGCUGAUAGCCGAUGAAGAUCAAAAGCUCUUGCAUGUUCGUGCGCAGGGCCGUACCUAUAUUUAGGGGAUCAAUAAAAUUAUAAGCAGUAAAAUUCUUAGGAGCAGGAUGAUAAACUCACGGUCACCCUGUCCUAGAUACGGUCCUGCUUCCAUGACUGCUGGCUGCUCGUAUAGCGCUAUCAUAUCGCGAAGCAUGUCGCCCUACUGAGCAUAUCUGCACUGUUGCUAAUUUUAAAUGCUCCAUUAUGGCAAUAAUAAACAUAUCAAACUAAGUUGUUUAAAGGAUUAUCGUUACUGCAGCAGAUAGAACGACGAAGUCGAAAUUUAGUAUGUAGACUGUAUUGUUAUUGUAUGAACUUAAAAACUUAAAAAUUGAGCGGGAUGAUAUUUGCUGGGUACCUAGGUGUACAAAAUUAGUACGUUUUCGAUAGUGCUCAGUGUAUAACCGGCCUAUGUUGUACUGAUGAAUCGUUACUUCACCGUACUUAUACAUGUUAUUAUAGUACUUAAUAAGUGUAGGUACCUCCGCUUCAAUGUGACAUCGUAUCAGCUAUCUUUAUGACGUUGUCGGCUGUCGCCUGCUCGCCUGUGGUCUAUAUAACACUGCUAGUUUCCAGCUUAGAUCUUUCGGUGUUUACUCCUAAAAUGUUAAAUCUUUGAACAAUGACUUUCAUUUUAUACUUAACUUUUUAUUAUCUAAUUAUAAUAAUAUUAUUGUUAAACUGUAAUAACUACUCUUGAUCUUAUUUAUUGCCUUCUUAAUUUUACUACGACUAAGUAUAGCUUACUACGUAGUUAAGUCGAUUUCAAUUCUAAUUGAACAUAGGUUAGUAAAUAAAGUUGACUAAUGUAAAGAGCUUCAUAAAGCUUUAUAAUGAAGAGUUGUGAAUCGAACUUUGUGGCCACGUAACAUUAGAUUCAAACUAGCAUAAAACUGCUUUGUUAAGUUUAUUAAGAUUAUUCAUAAUAAUCAAACAUUUUUACAUUGAUUAUACCGAAAAAUAAUUUACCUACUGUAAUAGAACUAAUGAUAUCACUUUUAUUAGUAUCUGGUUUAGCAAAUAAUAAUCUAACAUUAUAGUAAUUAAUGUUUAAAUCUUAUGAUUACUUAUAAUUUAUAUAAUAAUCGCUAUUUCGCUUAAUCACAUUCAGUAGAGUACCUACCUAUCUUUAUACUUAUAGCUAAUUCCACCCUGCUACAUUUUUUCUGAACAUUCACACUUUCUUAAUUGUUGAACUUCUAUCUCUAGACUAAAUAAUAAAUAAGGACUUCACUUUAUACAUCGUAAUAAUUUAACUUUGUGCGUUUUCUUAACAAGCUUUUAAAGGAUGAAUCAUUCUUAAGAAUUGUGCCAAAAAACAAUUCACCUUACGACCUAAGUAAAAGAAUAUAUUUGUUAGUAGAUAAAAUACGAUCCAAAAAUAAUUUGUUUCAUAGCAGAUAUGAUACCGCCUCGAUUUGAUGUUGCAAGUUGAAUUACGUACAAAUAUAGCAGAAAGCGAGUUGAUGUUAAUCUCCGGAUUAAAUAGCUCAUUUAUACAAUAGCUGUGCCAUUGUGCCUCCUCAUGUAGUGAUACUGAAGAUAUAUUUCGUACCAAUGGGACGACACCACCGCAGGCUUCGCAAUACUUCUCUAGCUAGAGCGAAGUCUUAGUCACAUUUGACUUCCAUCGCAUUAACGAUAUCAUAUUUAUUGGUUAGUGUAUAGACAUUAGCGAUACAGUGAUAUGUGAUAUUACAAGAUACUAAUUGAGAUUUAGUACAAUGUCCUUUAUAUAAUUUCAACGUUUUUAAUAGUAGUUAAACUAGAGGGACACUACAAGAACACCAAUAAUAAUAACCAUUAAUAAUAGUCAUAAUUUAUAGUUAGAAUAUCGUAGUAAAAGAAAAUUAGAUUGGUAUUUGAGAUAGAUGGGAAUGAUAGAUUUUAAAUGUGGUGGAUCCCGGAUUCAAAUAUCUUCUAAAAGUAAUGAAAUUCUGAAAUUUGAGCAAAUCAAAGUCCAAACGAAAACCGUGGCGAUAUUGAGAAUGGCCUAAUACUUUGUGAAAACCGAUAACAUUUUCAUUGAAAACCUAAUAAAUAAAAUAAACGUGAACAUAUCGAGCUACAAUAGAUAAUCUAACCUAUCUACAAGUGUUGAUAGUAAUACUUGAAAAUUGGAAAUCGCUAAAUUGUUAAUCAACUGUUCUCACCCAUAUCAGUCUUAAUUAAUCCUAAAUUAUUCCCGGGUAGGAUGUGAAAUGAACCAAGGAAAGCUGACCAUUAAAAGUAGCCUAAAACAGACAAACUAUUACCUGAGGUGCGUAGUACCUCUUGAUUAUAUUUUUAUUGUUCUCUUACAUAAAAAUGUAUAAAUUUAUUGUAAACCCUGAAGGAGUAAAACCCCGAUAAAAUAGGUACCUAUUUAAUGUAAAUAAAAUUAAUUUUGAUAGAAUGAUAAAUAUGUGGAAGUUUUUAAUUAAUCGCGUAUCGUCGAAUAUUUUAAAACAAUAUUACUUUAUGUGUAUACAGAAGAUUGUACUGUCGAAAAACUGUUGUGAUUGUUAUAAUAUAUUUGAAGUUGCAUUUUCAUUAUAUAAAUAAGUAGAAGUAUAUUUUCCAUAGUGCUGCCAAAGAUAAUAUUAAUACCUAGCUGUAGUAAUGUUGUUUAUAUAACAGAAUGUUUUUGAGGUUGUUCGUGGAUUUAUGGAUUGUAUUUUGAUGUGUUCGACGAAUGUAUAACACUGUGUACGUGAUCUAAUACAUCACCAAAUAAAAGAAUUCGUACGGAAAUUA